AUGAAACUCCGCGACCGAGUGGUGGUCGGCUUUUGCCUGUCGCUGGUCCUGGUCACCGUGCUGUUCGUGGUCGACCUGCAGAACGAGAACGCUCGCCGGCAGGCCGUGGCCGACGGCGACGCUCCGUCGCACUUCCAUGGCCGGUCCGACAGGUCCAAGGACGCUAUCGACGCACAAUCCGCCUGGAACGCGGCCGCGUCGUUCGUCAUGUCCACACUGAUGCCGCCGAGUCAGCAGCCGCCGACACGUCCGGGAGCGCCGCAACCGUAUUCGCAGGCCGCCAACGGACGUCCUCCAAAGCCCGCGGUGCCUGACCUGUACGCCGGCGACAGGUUCGCCGAUCUCACAGAGCGCCUGUCCCGGUCGUCGGAAACAUGGCGGCAUCGCGGCAACGUACCCGACUGGACAAUCGUCCGGGACGUGAUCGUCGACGACACGGACGACGACGGCACCACCAGCAACGAGUACGUCGUCGAGUACUUGGAAGACGGUUUGAGGCCAAACACGACAGCAUUAACCAUAUUCCACUCAAGAAUAUCAAAAAGAGAAAUGUAUCCUAAGAACGACACGUAUGUGCCAUUAAUUUUAAAAAACAUGUCCAGUGCGCGUAUCUUAAGCGUAGCCCAAAAAGAAGGAGGCACACAACUCAAGCUUGUUAUAGAGUAUUCAAACGGAGACAAAGCACUUAUGAAACCGAUGAGGUUCACAAGAGAACAACAGACUCUGCCGAAUCAUUUUUACUUCACCGACUACGAAAGGCACAACGCCGAAAUUGCUGCGUUUCAUCUCGACAGGAUAUUGGGGUUUCGGAGAGCAAUGCCGGUCAGUGGCCGAUUGGUGAACAUCACGUCUGAACUUAUGGCCCAGGUGACCGCGUCCGAUUUGUUGAAGACAUUCUUCGUGUCACCUGACAAAAAUGUUUGCUUUCACGGACAGUGUUCCUAUUACUGUGACACGUCGCAUGCCAUUUGUGGAAAUCCCGACAUGUUGGAGGGCUCAUUCGCCGCGUACUUGCCAACCCAAGAUGUUUUGGAGAGGAAGACGUGGAGGCAUCCUUGGAGACGCAGCUACCACAAGCGGAGGAAGGCUAAAUGGGAAACAGAUCCAAAUUACUGUGAACUAAUCAGAAACUUGCCGCCAUACAAUAGUGGUCGACGGAUGUUGGACAUUAUGGACUUGUCCGUGUUUGACUUUCUCAUGGGCAACAUGGACCGUCAUCAUUACGAAACGUUCACCCUGUUCGGAAACGACUCAUUUCCUAUUCACCUCGACCAUGGUCGGGCGUUUGGCAAGGCGUUCCACGACGAGAUGAGUAUUUUGGCUCCAAUCAUACAGUGUUGUCAUAUACGAAGGUCUACGCUGGAGACUUUGCUGAGGUUUCACAACGUCAAAAAGCUCAGCGAACACAUGAGGGAAUCCAUGAACGACGAUCAGCUGUCACCCGUGCUAUGGGAACCGCAUUUGACGGCCAUCGACCGGCGCGUGGGACUUGUGCUGCAGAAAGUCCGCGAAUGUCUGUCGGUGAGCACGAUGAGCGGUGAGGACGCGGCCGACGAAUCGCAUGCCCAGCCCUCCACUAAUGCCACUUUCGACAUCGACAUGGGUGAUCUGGGACAGGGAGCCAAAUACACGGCCAGGUCUAGGGAACAGACGUGA